AUGACGCGCGGGCUCGUGGCUUUUUUUGCUCCGCUGGGGCGCUCUGGAGGGGGUGUGAGCGGAGGAGAUUGGCAGUGGACCCAAGGGGGAUUCCUGCCCCAAGACCCGGCUCAGGUCACCAUUGACGUUUGCAUCGCCCUUCCGUCAAAUGCCGUCCCAUCUCGGUCAGCGUCGCCCCGUCCUCAUCGCCGCUAUGGGGUAAAGUCAUCUUUUCGUCUGGCCCCCGCAGGUUUUGCGGCGCUCCGGUGCGCCAAGUCCCCCAGGAAGCAGGAAAGGCCCACACUAACCAACUCCUGCUCCCCGACGGGCUUCUGGGUGCUCCAUUCCUACAAAUGCCCAGCUUUCACCCGCGGGACUUUAGGUCCUUAUUGGGGAAUCGACCCGGAUUUAGACUCUGUCCUUGGGGCAAGGGGCAGUCGCCAGCCAAAUACUUUCACAGCCCAAACCCCUGGAAACAGGGGGACAUCUUCACCGCGCACCCUCACCAGUUCCUCCAAAGGUCGACACACGCUUUUUCUGCGUCAGCCUCCCCCGGCCCUUGAGGCACACAAUGCCCCCCUUAAAACACAGUCUCCGUGGUGGUCGGAAUCCAUAGGGCCAAAUAUAGGCCGCAUGGUCUUUCCCCCGUGUCCCCUGUCAGGGGGUGGCUUCCCCUUACUGAGCCCCCCACCGCAUCGUGCGGUUCGACGGCACUUUCCCAAGUCGGGGCCCCGGGAACCAAGGACGGGGGCCGCAGGGUACGACUCCUACCAGCGCCUCCCAAACCCGCGCCAGCUGGGACAGUGUCACCCACCCACGAUCCGCUUCUUAAGUGGGCCCGAUAUACCUCGGCCUGGUGGGGGUGCCCGAAAAAGGGGUUUCAAAGCCUCGCCACCUGGGCCUGGGCAGAUGCCCGCAUUCAAAUUUGGGGGAAAUAUGCCUCCCGGCCAACUUCCCCUCGUACUCAGCGGUUUGCCCCACGAAUGUCGGGGGCCGAGGGCCUUCUGCAGGACCCCUGGCUGCGACACCGCUGCUGCCCCGGGGGUUUUCCCGCCCGGACCCCCCGGCAGACCCAGUAAAUCGCACUCUGGAUCUGUUUCCAGAACCUGUUCCUCUCGCUUCAACGUUUUAAACCCCGUGACGCCGCCUUUCCUCCCUUCACUUCCCCCCAGGCCCGAAACCCCGCCCUUAGAGGACAAUACGGGGGGAACCACAUGUCACACUGCCGAUACCGCUUAUAACAGGGCAACAAAAGUUAUAGGUCCAAGGGAACCACGAGGUCUUCCAGGAGCAGCACCCCCCGCGUCUUCGGUUGUUCCUCCGCUCCCCGCUACACCCCCCUCGCAUGUUUUCCCAG